AUGGAACAUGAAAAAGAAGAGCACUUUGAAGAACCAGUGAGUCCUAUGGGACAAUACUUCAAUAGUACAUCUCUAUGUUUAUAUAUUAUUGCAAUUUUAGAAUUUGAAGUUGCCAUUGAUGAUUUGCAAGCUCUUGCUCUUCUUAAAGAUGUGUUUCUUCCUAUUAGUCCUCGCUUCUUCUCCAUCAUGGUGCAAGAAAAAAGAGAGAAGAAAAGAUGGAAGAAAGUUGAUGUGAACUUAAAAGACCAUAUGAAAACACCAAUAUUCUCCAAAGGAAAAUCAUUAGAAUUCUAUGACAAAUCUUUUCAUGAUUAUUUAUCAACCAUAGCAAUAGAACCAUUACCACAAGAAAAACCAUUAUGGGAAAUUCACAUAAUAAACUACCCUACAAAAACUUCAUUGGGCAAUAUAAUAUUCAAACUUCACCAUGCACUUGGAGAUGGUUAUUCUCUAAUGGGUGCACUUCUUUCUUGUCUUCAACGUGCUGAUAAUCCAUCUCUUCCUUUAUCUUUUCCUUCUCUUAAACCAUCAAAAUCAAAAGCUUCAAAUACUAGUUUUUGGAGAAAAUUUUCAUGGACUAUGUCAUCUGUUUUUAACACCGCAUCGGAUUUUGGGUGGAGUGUAUUGAAGAGUAGCUUUAUUGAAGAUGAUAAAACACCUAUUAGAUCGGGUGGUGAAGGAGCUGAUUUUCAACCGAUUUGUAUAUCAAGGAUUGAAUUCUCCACUGAUCACAUCAAAGACAUCAAAUCCAAGCUUGGAGUGGUAUGA